AUGUCCCCAACUGCUCAUUCAUCUACUGAUAAGAAACAAUCUGGUAUUGCCAGAGUCCUUGGUUCUGCCGGUGCCGGUAUUUGUGAAAUUGCCGUCUUUCAUCCAGUUGAUACCAUUUCCAAAAGAUUAAUGUCAAAUCAUGGUAAAAUCAAUUCAACUGCUCAUUUAAAUACUGUUAUUUUUAGAGAUCAUGCACAACAAGCAUUAGGUAAAAGAUUAUUUUCUUUAUUCCCUGGUUUAGGAUAUGCUGCUUGUUAUAAGAUUUUACAACGUGUUUAUAAAUAUGGUGGACAACCAUUUGCUAAUGAAUUUUUAAGUAAAAAUUUCAAAGAUAGUUAUGAUGCAGUAUUUGGUCCAAAGACAGGUAAAGCAUUAUUAUCAGCUACUGCUGGUUCUUUAAUUGGUAUUGGUGAAGUUGUCUUGUUGCCUUUGGAUGUCUUGAAGAUUAAACGUCAAACAAACCCAGAAUCAUUCCGUGGUAGAGGUUUCCUUACAAUUAUUAAAGAUGAAGGUUUUAGUUUAUAUAGAGGUUGGGGUUGGACUAUGGCAAGAAAUGCUCCUGGUUCAUUUGCAUUAUUUGGUGGUAAUUCAUUUGCUAAAGAAUAUAUUUUUGGAUUAAAAGAUUAUUCUCAAGCUACUUGGACUCAAAAUUUUAUUACUUCUAUUUUUGGUGCUUCAUCAUCUUUAAUUGUUAGUGCUCCAUUGGAUGUUAUCAAGACUAGAAUUCAAAAUAAAGAUUUCAAUAAUCCACAAUCUGGUUUUACUAUCUUAAAGAAUAUGAUUAAAAAUGAAGGUUUUAGUGCUUUCUUUAAAGGUUUAACUCCAAAAUUAUUAACUACUGGUCCUAAAUUGGUUUUCUCAUUUGCUUUAGCUCAAUCUUUGAUUCCUGCAUUUGAUAAAUUAUUAGCUGGUUCCAAGUAA